GUCAAAACCUCCCACUACUUAUGAUGUGCAUCACGAGGUUCGAUUGUCAAAUAUCAUUUAAAUAUUGGCCAGGUUCAGUUUUUAAACUAGUAUGUUUCUACUAGUUCAGUUCCUAGUUGAAGUUUAAAAAUGUUGGUGUUUAUACUUCCAUUCAUCGUCAUAGCUGUUAUAGCUAAAUUACUACUACCUAAGAAGAAACCUUCAAUCAAAGGUAAACACAUAGUGAUUUUUGGGGGCUCCAGUGGAAUCGGAAAGGCUCUAGCUAUCCUAGCAGCAAAGGAAGGAGCUCAUGUAACUAUACUUGCAAGGAAUAUCGAUAAACUAACCGAAGCUAAGAACGAGAUCAAGAAUUAUUGUAUAGAUGAAGAACAACUCAUAGCAAAAGUGUCUGUGGAUGUUACCAACUAUGAAGCAGUAGAAAACAACUUAGGAGAAGUUGAGGCGAUUGUGGGCCCCAUUUACAUGCUAGUCAACUGUGCUGGAAUGGCUAUCUGUGGAGAAAUAGAAAAUUUCACACAACAACAGAUCAAGACCCUUGUUGAUGUUAACCUGAUUGGCAGUAUAUACUCUGUGAAAGCUAUUGUGCCAAAAUUCAAGAAACGUAGAGAAGGAAUCAUAAUCCUGACAGCCUCUCAAGUAGCUUUAAUGGGAAUGUAUGGCUACUCAGUGUACUCCAGUUGCAAAUUUGCAUUAAGGGGAUUUGCUGAAUCUGUUUACCAAGAAGUAAAGCCUUAUAACAUUUCUGUGACUUUGGCUCUCCCUCCAGAUACUGACACCCCUGGAUUUGAAAUUGAGAACCAGACUAAGCCAAAAGAAACCAAAUUGUUGAGCGAGACAGGGGGGUUGCUACAACCAGAAGAAGUUGCCAAGAAAAUGUUGGAUGAUGCUCUGAGUGGAAAAUUCUUCAGCUAUGUAGGAUUUGAGUCUUUCAUACUUACUACACUCUGUGUCGGAAUGAGUCCUUUCCAAUCAGUAUUUGAUGUCAUUAUCCAAAGCUGCCUCCUUGGUAUGUUAAGAAUUGUUGGUGCAUUCUAUUCUAUGUAUUUCAAUGGCAUUAUCAAAAAAUGCUUCAAAGAAAAAGAGAGCAAAAAAGAUAAGCAGACCUAAAACUAUCUAGACUUGGAAACAUCAUAUAGACUGAACAUGUCUUCAAAUGAAACUAACAUCUACAGAAGUGUGUUUGUUAUAUCAAAUUAUUGAGAAUAUUCAGCACUCAGUAUAGGGUACAAAAGAAAGUUAUAUUGUUCUAUAUUACUACUGAUAUUCAACAAAUUGUGGUUGAUAUAGUUUUACUUUGUAUACAUGUUAGUCUUGGCGUAUAUCUUUUUUAUUGGGUUUUAUCAAUAAUCAUUGUACUUACUAUUUUAAGCAAUAUAUCAUUGUAUCCAAAUCCAAAUGUAUUUUCACAUAAGACUGAAAUAUGUUGACAUAAGACUUAGUUGAACACUGACAUCCUAAAGAAUGGAAAACAGGACUAUGACAUGACAAUAUGAUGGCGUUUUUUGAAGAGAAAUUAACCAAAGAAUCUCUGUGACUGCUUUACACAUUCAAAGUAGACUUGUUGAUAUCAUGACUGAAAUUUUGUAUUAUUUUGUAUAUUUGGCUUUGUUCAAAAUGCAUUGGGUAUAUAUAUAUAUAUGUAUAUAACAAAAAGAAAAAUAAUGGGCAACAUCCGAAAAAAAAGGAAAAUGGAUCCUUUGGGCUUGAAGUACCACAGCAAGUAGCCAUAAUCCGGCCGCGUAGUUGUGAUUAGAUGUCGCCUUGGAAACUCGAAGCCUUCUGGCCAUGAUACUACAAGAGUGUGGGUCGGCUCUUGUUGGUGACUUCGUGUGUUGCUUUGUUCUCCAUCUUCAUUUCCUCAGAUUACACUCAUAUCCAAAUAUAUGGGCAUGUGUGUCUACUUUUGUAGUGGCAUAUGUGCAUUCAUUUCAGACCUGAUGAAGCCAACAAGCAGAAAUACGUAUCGCUUGGAUGACCUAUCAUACUUUCUGCUAGAAUCCGUUUUCCUUCUUUUUGCGGAUUUUGCCCAUCAUUUUUCUUUUUAUUAUAAACCUCUCUCCCCAUGAUCCUUUCUUUUAUAUAUAUAUUAUUGUAUAUGUAACUAUUGUGUUUGUUCUUUGUAUAUUUAUGUUCCAAAUGAUAUUUUUUUUUCAUAAUUGAGGCAUUUGCUACUAUACACAUCAUGAAAUUCCAAUUUUCAUACACUGGUUACAUCCAUAGAAUGUGAAGCAUAGUUAUGUGAAAGCCUUUCUCUGAUGCAUUUAUUUAAUACUUGCAAUAACAAAAUGUUACAGAACUUUGUGUGAAAUUAAUAUUGUGAGAAAGAUUAUAUUAAUAUAUGAAGUUUACAUCAGUAUGUAACUUCAAUUAUGUAUUGUUUUAUGAAUGUUUAUAAUAAAGG